AGGUCCCGCCGCCCCCGCUGGCCUCCGCGGGGUGCGCGUGAGCACCCUCUCGGGGGAGCAGCCGCUGCUGCUGGGGGCGGAGCCGUGCCACACGGUCGACGGCCUGAAGGCAAGGCUGGAGGAGUGGCUGGGCAUCCCGGCCGACCGACAGCGCCUGCUCCACGACGGGGCCGAGCUGUGCGGCCCCCAGACGCUGGCAUCGCAGGGCGUCUCGACGCUGCCUGCCGCGACGGUUCACCUGCUGGUGCGCGGCGCGCGGCGGCCGACCGCGGACGGCGGGGGCGCCCCGGAAGGUGCCCUGGCUGCCGGGCGCCUCGUGGAGCGCAUGCUGGACGGCGUGUGGUUCCGGGCGCGGGUGCUGCGGUGCCAGAGCAUCCAGGGCCAGCGCUGGCGGCGCGCCAGAGGGGGCAGGGCGAGGAGGGGAACGGGGCAAUACGCAGGAUGCUCGCCGCUCGGGGGGCGCCAUAUUUGUUCAGGUUGGAUCGGAUGUUGGUUGUGAUGUUGGUUGCGAUGUUGGUUAUCAUAUGUGUGCAGAGUUUGCGAAGCCUAUUCACCACACCCGAGGAUAUAUUAGCCAAGCAUGUCCGCGAGGAUUGCUUGAGCCCAAGUGAGGCAGGCGGGGGGGGGAAAAGAUUGAUUUCUGCACGGGGUCCGGCCUGAGUGCUAGCCUGCCGAUUUCCGCCGAUGCGGCUUCUCCCGACUGGGCUGCCGGUUUCCGCCGAUCCGAUUCAUGCCGAUGGCCGAUCCGACUCGUCCAUUCGAUCCUGGGCCCUGCUGACGCGGCGGGAGAUCCAUACGGCAGACUGGGCCCCCCGCCCUCCGACCACGCCCGGGCCCGCGCUGCCAGGGCAGGGCCUGCUCGUGUCGACGAGGGCGCGUCGUUUCUCCGAAGUCCCCCCCGCCUUCCAGGGAGCACUUUGAGAAACGUCUGAGCAGGGCCGUGCUCAAGGGCCUCCUCGUCCCGCUGGCUCGAGCGCGGCGCCAGCAGCCUCUGGCACUGGACCUGGAGUACCUGGACGACGGCAAGAGCGAGAGCGGCGUCUGCCUCGGGGACGACGUCCGACUGGUGCCAGCGCCCUGUUGAGCUGCACCGACGCGGGGCUGCCUUUCGGCGCCCGCGGCUGGCGCCGCGGCGGCUGGCGGGCGGCCGCUUGAGAGGCCUCGGCCCCCGCGGCGGCCUCGCCGGCGGGCAGCGCGGACGGCCCCUGCACGCUGGAGGA